GCCAGUGGCACCCUGCUCCUUUGUGGAACUGGGAUUGGAUUACGGGAAUCUUCACUCCAUCCAUCUGGACCAAACCCACUACCUCCAUUGACGCCAACAUCCAUGGCGACGUAAGCAUCAACCAGGAGAACAAGCCCUUCGGAUUCUGGUGGCCUAAACCAGUUCUUGGCAACUCGGUGCCGACGACGACGACGUACGAACCAGAAGUGGUGGAAAAGGUCACCAAACCUAGCGUGACCGAGGUGAUGGUCCUGCGCUACCCAGAGUUCAUCAAGACUAUCGGCCAAGGUAUCAAGAAGGUGACUAAUGCGGUUCAUGACUUUGGGUUCGGAGUGUCAGAGAGUAUAGUGAACAAGUUCCAGGGCCUGAAGAGCGUACCCACAGCUUUAGGUGCUGGAGUAGCUGCUAUCAUUCCUCUUGACGACGCUGACAAAACUACACCCAAACCUGGGCCUGGCAUCUUCUUCCCCACACCCUCCCUCCCCACCUUCCCCAAGCCACAGCUGCCUGUCUUACCCUCACUACCCACCAUAUCGAAGCCCAACUUUGGUUCCCUGUUCAACAAACCUACAGGGUCGCUGUCGUUAUCUGGGUCCGGGUCUCUGUCUGUUAACUCUGGUGAUGAAGCAGAGACACAUUACGGAAGUAAUGGACCCUCACAGUCUACUUUAUUUGUAAAUAAAUUUGUAUAAGUGCACGUUAACUUCCACUCAUCAAGGAAGAAGGCAUAGUGAGUGCAUGCCCUCCCUUGACUAUCGUGGUCAUCGUCAAAUGCUCUCUUCUAUUUCUGAGUCUCAUGCCAAGGUAUGGGGACCGUUUUCCUGUUUCUUCUUCUUCUUCGUCGGUAAUUAUUCUUGUACUUUGGCCAAUCAUAGUUACAAAAAUGGUUCCAAUAAUCAAUCACCCAUCACCCUUUUACUCUAUACCGUAUUCAGGAAGUUUUUCUUAUUUAUAAUCUCUUUUUAACUUAUUGUAAGAAAGUGUUUGAGGAGAACAUAAAGUCUUCUCGACGUAUGUGAUCAUAAAGAGUUUGUAGUAUUUAUACUUUUAGGUUGUUAUUUGUUUUGUUUGAUUAAAUAAGUUUUGUUUA